GUGUUGUGAGAGCGUCUGUGUGUGUCUCUCUGUGUGUGUGUGUUGUUUGCAUGUGGGUGUAGCUGCAGCUGUGGUGCAUAAUUAUUUGGGUCAAAGCGAAAAGAGCUGCAGCUUUGCCAGGACAUUGCUCAAAAGUUCAAACAUCCAUCCUGCUGGACUAAUCCACCUGUUAUGAAGACACACGACAGCAACAACAAAGGAAACCACAAUAACAACAACAACAGCAUUAACAACACUAGUCUAGGCUAAUUGGAUUGCAGAAUACAACAACAGAAAGAGAGGAAGCGUGUGAGUGAGUAAGGAGGCGGAGGGAUUGCAGCAAUGGAGGCCACUCAGCCCAAGGUGCAUCGUCAGCAUCAGCGACAACGUCGCACGGAGGCGCGGCAGCGUCGCUUGGAACGUGAGGCAGCAACAGCAACAGCAGCGGCAGCAACACCACCCGAUGCCCAGGAGACCCAGGACAUUACCGAGACUCUCGAGAGCUGUGCGGCGGCUCUCAAUGAUACCGCAUCGACCACGACGGCCACAACGGUGGUGGGUCGCAUCAGUGCACAGAGCUCGGCGGAUAGCAUUGAAAUGGUGGGCUCACCCAGUCAGACAUCACAGCAAACGGUGGUGCUGGUCAAUGGACAUGCACCGCCCACGCAGGAUACGCUGGAGGAGAGCGUCUCGCUGGGUGCCGAUGUGCCGGAGAUGGAGACCACACACCUCGAAUCACCCACACAGCCCACAAAGCACAGCGAUGGCAGUCGCAAUUCAUCGGGCGAUGCCAUGAGUCUCCGAGAGACGUUGCGUCAGUUGCCUGCAACACACGGACACCGUUCGAGGCGCACACAUUCACCACAGUCGCCGGGAUUGCGUUCGCUCGAGGUGGAUUCAUCCUUUCAUCGCGGCAUUUUGGGCUACAUUGAUCGGGAGCUAAAGCAGAGCUCGCCCACGCCCUCGGCAUUGAGCAUGGGUGCGGGCAGCAGUGGCGGAGCAGGUGGUUCCGGUGUCGGAGUUGGUGGUGGCGCCUCCCGCAAGCAGCAAUCGCUGUCAGAUCCCCAGGCUAGUCCCGCACAGCGUUCGCUGCGUUCGAGGAACAGCUUUGACAAGAGUCCGCGCCGCAAGCGUAGCAAGUCCGAAUCUCGGAGGCGGCGCGAACGGAAGCUGAUAGCUGCCGGCGAGAUGGAGGUGCGCCAGGCCAACGAGACGCUGAUGCGUUACCUUAAACAAUGCUCCGAUAUGCAUGAUGCAUCCCUAUCGGGUGAGCUGGAAAUCGAUCAGAGCUUGGAGGAACGACGUGUGCAUCGCAAGACAAAAUCGCAGCGGGAUAAGCGGGGUCAACUCAUCAGCAAACUUUACUCAGCUGGUGGGCUAUCAUCCAUAUUGAAGGAACUGGCGGAUGACAUUACGCCCGCUGAGGGCGAUGAGAUCUACAACCCAUUCACUCCGGUCGUCUCACCCACGGACGAUACGCCCGCGCACAUCGAUAAAAUGUUUCUGCAGACGUCAUCGGGAUAUCGACCAGUGGAGCAGAGCUACUACAAGCGUUCCUUUGUCGGUGCCGCGCGUGCGGCAGCUGCUGGCAGCUCCACAUGCAUUGGUGGCAUCGAUGGCUACUCGGCCGCUGAGUUGGGUGGUGCCGGCGCACGUCUCUUUCGCUCCAAUGGCACUGGCGGUGGCGCCAGCGGACGUGGCAGCUAUGGAGACACACGUUGUCUGCUCGAUGCCCAGCUCAAUCGUAAUGGCAUCUCAAGCAACAUUCAACUUGCCUGUGUGGUUCAACGAAUUUGGCUGCUCAUAUCGAACAUAUGCCAUGGGCUGCUAGCUGGUCUAGCCUUGGCCCAUCUACUCUUUGUGCUGAGCAGUCAUCCCACGGAUUGGGCAAAGGUUAUCAAUAGCAUGAGUCUUGCGGGCGAGACUUUAGCAACUGCAACUGUAUCGACAACACGGCCAACAACAACAACCAUAACAGCAGCAACAACAACAGAGAUGCCAAAUUUGGUUAUAGAACUGAGCAAUGCGAAUGCGGCAAUGGAAAAUGGAAUAGGAGCUGAAACGGGAACGGGAUUGGGAUUGGGAUCGGGAUUGGGAACUGGAAGUGGUACGACGACAACAACAACGACAACAACGAGUAGCGAAACAUUGGCACUAAUAAGCGAUUAUGCUGGAUUUGCGGAUACAUAUUUAAAUACCUUUUACUGCUUGGCUAUCAUAUGUCUAGUUUCUGUAUUCGAUCGUAUGGACAUUUGUCGCUGGAGCUUCUCAAAUGCAAGUGAAUUAAUCUCGUUUCGUUGGCUUAUCAUCACAAUGAUCUAUAUAGCAACAAUAAUCCUAACUAUAUGCUCCGAUUCGAUUGAUGAGAAGCUCUAUCUGUUUAAUAAUAAUGCAAAUAUAACGUUAACCCAGCAGGAGCUGCUAAGCAACAGUGUGCAAAGUGUGUGGAGUAGUUUGUCCGUGACGAGGAGUAUUGCUGCUAUAUCGGGUUGGAUAAUGAUUGGUCUGACGCCUCAGGAGGAUAUGCUGUAUGAGCAUCUGGUUGAUCUAACCAAAUAUCAAUUGACAAAUAAUUGAAUUUAAGUAAUGAUAAAUAGAAUGAAACAUUUUGUAAAUAUUUAUGUGUAGUGAGAACUCUUUACUAAGUAGCUGCUGUUGUUCAGUAAUUGGCUUUUUAUAUUGUAUAAUCGAAAUGAGUUAGCUAAAAAUAAUUAUUUCAAACAAUAACGCAUAGAACUUGUAUACCUAGAAACCAAACCAAACAAUGAGAAUAACCAAAACUUAAGCUUUAAAGACGUGUAAGCAUUAGCAAUUUUCUAAUUGCAUUGAUGCCCUUCACUGGCCGCUAGAACAAACUUUAGUUCGUUAAGGGAAUUCCCAAUUUGAGGAUUGGAUAAAUAUAAUUCUACUAUAUAAUAUAAACAAUUUACAUAUGGAUAUGCGUAUGUGUGUAUAUAUAAUGAUGUAGACAUAUACCUAUGCGAUAUACUAUUAUUAUUAUAAUUUUAGUAAACAUAUCGUCUUUAGUAAACAUAUUUAAUAUUAUACAAGCAUAUAUAAAAAUAUAUGAACGUCAUCGUUGUGGCAGUUUAACAAAAGGCUUCUUAGCUCUAAGUACUUACUACAGUUGGUAUCGAAUAUACGCAAAUGCUCAAAAGCAAUACAUAUAUGUUUAUAAAAAAUAUUCAAA